CAUGCUGGCGGAUGUGACGACCAACAGCUUCCCCAACGGUCAUACAGGAACAUGGGAGCAUCCUCCUCUGGCUGGACACGCUGGCGAUGUUGGCGAUGGAACUUGGGGUGGUACCAACCCUGUCCUGACCUGGGGGUGGAAGGGAGGACAGAAGGACAGCGGGGUCUACGACAAUGUUCUCCCGGAUCCGGACCAUCACACGUGGGCUCCUGCCAGCACACCUGUGGAUCCUACUCAGUACCAAAAGGAAUGGCUAGGAAACAUCAUCAACAUCUACUGAUUGACGAUUGCAACUGCAAGGUCCAUGUUGCAGAGAUCAAAACUUCACUUAAUACAUAGCGAAAUCCCAUGUCAUGACAAGAGAGCAAACCUUGCUGUGGGUGUGCAAUUAAGAUAAACACUGUGAUCAAACAGC